GUUUCCAAAAUCAAGCCUUCCACUUUCCUUGUUCACCCAGCAGCCGCACCUACUUUACUUCCGCUCGUUUCUUUUCUUUUCCCGUGUUUACCUUUCUUUCUACUUCAUUAUUUCUUUCCGGCAACUUACCACUGGCGCAGCGGUGUGCUGCUUUCGAUUUUCUCUUCUUUAAUGUUCUGCCGCCAGUCUCUUUAUUUUGGUAUUUCAAAAUUUCGCUUUUGAGUGUCUGAAGAGGCAGCGGUUUUUCUCUUCUUUGUGGGAACAAAAAGAGAGAAAUGGAAAGCAACAAAGAGAAAACAAUGGACGACGUCGGAUCCGUAGUUGAAGCUAUAUCCGCUAACGAUGAAAUCAUGGCUGAGGCUCCUCUUUAUGAAGUCGAAAGCCUCUGCAUGCGCUGCACCCAAAAUGGAACAACUAGGUUUUUGUUGACUUCAAUUCCGCACUUUAGAAAGGUCUUGCUCUCAGCUUUUGAAUGCCCGCAUUGUGGUGAAGGGAACAAUGAAGUUCAGUUUGCUGGUGAAAUUCAACCUAAGGGAUGUCAUUACCGUUUAGAGGUCCAAUCUGGAGAUCAGAAGAUAUUUACUCGACAAGUGGUGAAAUCUGAGUCUGCCACCAUAAAGAUCCCUGAACUGGAUUUUGAGAUCCCUCCUGAGGCUCAACGUGGAAGUCUGUCAACAGUGGAAGGAAUAUUAGUACGCGCUAUAGAUGGAUUGCAAGCCCUUCAAGAAGAACGCAAGAAGGUGGAUCCUCAAACUGCUGAAGCAAUUGACCAGUUUUUAUUGAAGUUGAGAGCUUGUGCAACAGGAGAGUCGCCCUUUACCUUCAUCCUGGAUGACCCUGCAGGAAACAGCUUUAUUGAGAACCCGUUUGCUCCAUCUCCUGAUCCAUCGUUGAGCAUCAAAUUCUAUGAUCGAACUCCAGAACAACAAGCAUCGUUGGGAUAUCUUGUUGACCCAUCACAGUUGAAUGAGCCUGCUGCUGGUGCAUCUAUGGAGGAAGCAAGCAAUGAUGUUGAUCAGAUAAGAAGACAACCACAUGGAUCAGUAGGAGCAGCAGCUGGUCAAAGGGCUAUUGCUCAGAGUAAUAGUGCUGAAAUUGCUGAGGCUUUAUUCCAAUACUCUGCACCAGAAGAGGUGAUGACUUUCCCGUCAACAUGCGGAGCUUGCGCUGCUAGGUGUGAGACUCGGAUGUUUGUAACCAGGAUUCCAUAUUUUCAAGAAGUUAUUGUCAUGGCAUCCACUUGUGAUGCUUGUGGCUAUCGAAGUUCUGAGUUGAAGCCUGGUGGGCGAAUUCCUGAGAAGGGAAAGAAACUUACCCUGCGUGUGGAAAACUUUGAUGAUUUAAGCCGUGAUGUUAUAAAGUCGGAUACUGCAAGUGUAAGAGUCCCAGAACUUGACUUGGAGCUAGCUAGUGGCACACUUGGUGGGAUUGUUACAACAGUUGAAGGUUUGAUUACAAAAAUUAGUGAAAGUCUUGAGAGAGUGCAUGGAUUUACUUUUGGAGAUAGUCUUGAUGAAUCUAAAAAAAACAAGUGGCUAGACUUUAAAGCAAGAUUGAACAAGAUUUUGAGCAUGGCGGAACCAUGGACUUUAAUUCUGGAUGAUGCAUUAGCUAACUCUUUUAUUGCACCGUCAACUGAUGAUAUUAAAGAUGACCAUCAGUUAAUUGUUGAGGAAUAUGAGAGAUCAUGGGAACAGAAUGAAGAGUUGGGUCUCAAUGACAUUGACACCUCUGCAGCUGAUGAUGCAUACAACUCAAGGGGGGUGACAUUGAAGGAGAAAACAGAAGAGUAAACUCCAAUGAUCUGUGUGAAAGCAUUGGUCGUUUUCUCUUAUUUAACCAUUGCAUGUGUUCAAUGGCAACGGUUUUGAGUAGACUAUUCAGACUGGCUGCUGGAACAAUGUGUUAAAAAAGAUUGGAGCCAGAUUGCAAUUUUGAGACCUUAUACUUAUGACUGUAAACUAUACUGUAAAACUCUGGCUGAAGUGACUAAAUUCUAGAAUUGGAUUUGAUUUGAUGUUACUGCUUGUCAUUCAUAUAUUUUUAGGGAGUUACAGUUUUCUUGGCCAAAGUAUUGUUGGCUGUUUUACCUAUGAAAACAUGAGGAAAUAGAGGAAAUGACAGAAACCAAGUUCAUUUGGAUGUGUGGUAAGAGAACACUUAUCGCAGUGCUACCGCGCAUGUUGGAUCCUUAGAGAUCCAGUCAUUAUUGAUCAAGAAUGCCCAAAAUGAAUGAAAGCUCUUCUAAGUUAUAUAAUAGUACAAAUUUCCCUCUCUGAAAGACGUGUAUAUUUUCCAGCAUCAAUAAUCUAAGACACCACUAUUCAAAUGGUGAUCAACAGGUUUUGCUUGUUCUCUUCUUACGCCACUAGUAGCAUGAACUUUCUUGUACAAGGCCUCAAUGUUAUCCGCCUCAAUUCCUCGCUCGAUAUACUCACUAAGGUGAUAACGCAGCUGAAUUAUCCCACCCCCCCUAAAAAAAAAUAAAAGACAAGGCAACCCAACCAUGGUUUUUUUUACAUUAAUGACAACUCAAGCUGUGUACUUGUAUAUCAUUGUCGCUGCAAUUUUUGACUGAUUAA